AUGCAUUUCAGUUCUCAAUCAAAUGAGCGCCAAUUUCUUAAAGAUUUCAUUAGUGGCGCACCAGGUUCGUCCGGUGCUCGUUUGGCUGCUUGGCUGCAACCGGAAUCACGCCUCGAUCCCAAUAAAUGCGAGUUGAAUACAAUAACUGAACCGCUGCGUUAUGGCUGGCCAACGCAGAUUACGGUGACGAUACGCGAUCAAUAUGGUGAUGCUGUGCUGGUGCCUGAAUUGAAGGUUGAAAUCAAAGCAAUUCCGACCGGCGCUUCUGGCAAUGGCAACAUAAAAAUGAGACGCGGCUCGUAUACCGACAACACCUCAUAUGGUGGCGUAUCUCCACCACCGCGUCUAAACUACGAACCGACAAUUAAAGAGAAAAUGUGUUUUAAAGCCAUAACAUUUAUGAAACCCUACGGCAAUUACUCAUUUGAAGAGUUGCGCUUUAGCAGUCCCAUACAAACGCGCGUCACUGAGACACUCUAUGCCCAAGACAUGGAAGAUGGCACAUUCAGCGUUCACUGGACGCCCAACUCAGUUGGCAGUUAUUGCCUUACAGUCAACAUUGAUGGAAUUCUCUUAGAGGAAGUAUAUCGGGUAGAAGUGAAAGAAGGUGGUUUGCCUCCACCCUCCCACAAACAAGCGUUGAAGAAACCACAACCGCCAAAUAAGUUGCGUAAAUUUUUCACUAAGAAUACGGCGGGCUUGCGCAUACGCUCACAUCCAACAUUACAGUCUGAGCAGGUGGGCAUUAUCAAGCUGAAUGGCAUUAUUUCAUUCAUUGAUGAGAUUGAGAACGAUGAUGGAAUAUGGCUGCGACUUUCGACAGAGUCUAUACGUCAGCAUUGUACUACGGGGUGGUAUCCGACUGAAGCGUGGUGCUUGCAAUAUAAUCAGCACUUUGGCAAGACAUUGUUACAUCCAGUCUCUGAGGUGAGUACCACGAGUGUGGUAACAAGCACAGCGGUAACGACUACAAGCACUACCGCUACUGGUACAUCCACAACGGAUACGUCGGUAGGUGUUGGCACUUCAUCUGCUAUGUUAGUUGGUGGUGGUAGUGGUGGCGGUAAGUCGAUGUCUAAGCUUCGUCAUAAAAAUUUGCUAGACGACGCUGAGCCACCCGUUUCGCCGGUACCAAUUGAAUCACCUUCGAAAUCGAAAUCUACAUCACCUAGCAAGAAGAUAUUCGAUUUCUCGCAUGGCCGCUUUACACCACCUAAAUCGUCGGAUGUUUCACACGCUUCGACAAAUCCAUUUUUGUUUCCGAGUGUUGAAAAGUCCGACUCGGAAGAUAGUGAAUUACAAAGGGUGUUUGACAUGCAAUCUUCGACGCAAACCAGUGUCACCUCAUCAUCCCAACAACAUCAGCAACAAGCGCAGCAGUCGCAACAGUCGCAACAACAACAAUCUGAUAUUUUAUCUUUACAUUCAUUACAAAACACAAGCCCUUCACAGAUCGGUUCGGCCAUUGCGGGCGUUGUUGGCGGUGGAGCUAUUAAACUGCAAGCGCUGCAGAAGUGGUUUAAAGGUGACACCUUGGAGGGUGCAGGUUCCGCAGCUGGUAGUGGACCGCUUUCGCCCGCUAAGGAACAUCAACGUAAAUGCUCCGACGUCACUGAGGUAAUGUCCUCGGUGUCGGUACGCGAGUUAGUGCGGGUAAUGGGUGGACAGGAUGCACGGUGCAAUGGAAAUAAUGCACAUGCUCAUGGAAGUGUGCCGCAAAGUUCUAGUCCUGUGCAAAUACCAGCCGCCGGUAGGGGUUUUGCAGAUUCCCCAAGCGCUAGCGUAAAAUCAAUUGAGACAUCAGAGACAUCUGGUAUACUCAGCUCGCUUACUCAGGAUUCGAGUCAUUCGCACAAGAGCUCGAAGGAGGAAGAGGGGGGCCAGCUAGAAACUUCUGCAGCCACAUUUGAUAUAUCUACAAUUCGAGUCACCAGCUUCACACCAUCGCAGACGGCAGCAUUGCUUUCAACACCAAAACACUCGCCUCGAAAAUUGGUAACCAGUCUUCGUCGUACCACAUCCCCAUCGAACCGUUCCGUUGAAUCCACUGCAACGCCUAAGGAACCUGAUUUGGCACAACUCGAAGAUGAUAUGAGUAUGUUGCAGAUUACAACAACCACAACUGGUGGUGGUGUGACCACGCAAGAUCAAGUUUUAUUUGGCGAGAUGAAGACAGCCAGCACUACCGCAAGUACGGACGACUCGAGCCCGCCUAUCUGGCCACCACCAUUAAAUCAAACUGGCGCUUCUUUUAAUACAACAACUAUCGCACCUAAACCGUCGCCCAGUAAGCAUGGUGUAAUUGGACCAAUCAAGCGCGCUAUGCCUCCAUCACUUGCCGAGAGUAUACGUGCUGUCUUCGCUGCUUUCCUUUGGCACGAGGGACUCGUACACGAUGCAAUGGCAUGUGCCAGUUUUCUGAAGUUUCAUCCAUCUCUGCCCAAAGAGGGGGCCACAGUUGUGACUAGACGAGAUUCGAAGGACAGUCGAUUGCAAUUGUCUCGCGAGCAAAAGGCACAACAGCGGCACUCUGUGGAGGUGGCAAAUGCGGGCACCUACUUGAACAUCAGACCGUCAACGUUGGAGACUCUCACAAAAAGCGGAAACUCGUCGUUGAAUAAUCGUAAACAUCGUAAAAAUUUGGCAACCUCUUCUGGUACUGGUAACGGUGAGGAAUCGGAAGGUGGAGAGAAACAGAAAUUACAUACACUACCCGAAGUGGUGACUGUGCUGCCACCCGCGCUGCGCUGUCUCGUCUAUUUGUGGGAGCAGGUGUGCACAAAUUGUGUGCAAGUGAUGCAGUCGAAUAUAGUCGAACGAGAGAAGGCAGGCGGUGGUACUCCGACGCGAGAACCAAGCAUCGACGCUAAAGAAAAGCAAGAAUCGAGUGAACGUGAGUUAGCGAAGAAGACGCGACGUAAGAAAAAGGAUGAUGGGUCAUGGUGUGAGGUUUGCGAGGUAUUUCUACCGAUACCCGUGACAUAUCAUAUGAGGAUCGUACAUCCUGGCUGUGGCAAAUCGGCUAAAGGCAAGGGGUAUAAUUCUGUGGGGAUUUUCUGCGAAGGAUGGGCUGGCAAUUGUGGUGAAGGAGGUAAGGGGGCAUCUAGUUGGUUCUUGAUGUGUGACGAAUGUAGAGAAAAAUAUAUGACAGCGAAUAAGAAUGUAAGCAAUGUAAACAGUGCACCGGGCGUGACACUUUCAGGUAAUGAAAUGAAUUUAUUUGGCGUAAAAACCACUACACUGAUCGCGAAUUCUGAAAUUUAUACCACAAUGCGAGAGAAUGCCUCGUUCUUGCUGGAGCUCUCGUCUAGCGCAUCUACUCUGAAUACUACAGGGGGUAAUGUCGCUGCUGGCAUGAACCCACCCAAUUUGGGCACAUCAAGCAAACGAUCACCCCAACAAAUGCCCGUUGUGGUCGAACAUCAGCACUUCAAUAUGCCUGAUUUGAAUAAACCGAGCACUAGUCGUGGUGAUUCCGCGCGUAAUAGUCGCAUCGGCUUGCGGAUGAGUGGAAAAUUUGGCAGCUCGACACCGUAUCGUAAGAGUUUUGUUGGUAGUUCAGCAUCACCAGAACACAUUUGGGUAGCACCAGAAACGUUUGCUUGCUUAGAGUCUUUAGGAGUCAAAAAUAACGAGGAUUUACCCUAUGAAAUGUUUGGCUUGAAUACAACUGACAAUGGAUUUGAAAGGCCUCUUUCUGAAAUGUCUUACGAAUCCUGCGAUCCAAAUAACUACGAAAUAAUGACGGGCUCAAUGAAUACACAGGCAGGAGGCGGCGGUGGAUCUAACACGGGUACGUUGUCUAAAUUCCAUCGAAGUUUUUCGAUGGGCCAAGGUUGGGCUAUGGCUCAGCAACAGGGUACACUCCAAUUGAAAAACCUUGCUGCUAAUGCUGACGAAGCGCAGCAAACCAAGGUCGUGUUUCGGCGUCGCAAUAAUUCCACAAGUGAAAGUGAUGGAGCAUUACUCAUCUGCUAUCCUUCGGAGAAUUUGCGCCGCCUAGUGCCAGAAAGCAUUUUGAACAGCUCCAUAGUGCACCCAGCUGUUCAGCGGCUAAAUAAUAUAGAGGGCGGUAUGGGUACUGCAAAACCGCUAUCAGCCGAACAGCAGGAAAGUAAUGACAAUAACGAGAGGCUAAAGACGGCCGAAUCUGUUGGUGUUAAGACGAAAGAAUAUGACUAUUCUACAGGCAAUGUCUGCUUAAGAUCAAAUGCUGUGCGCGAUAAGGAUUCAUCAUCUACACUUCUCGAUUUAGAGUUGUCAACACAAGUGAAUGUGUUGCUGCAGCGGCCAGCCAUGGCGUUCAUUACACAAAAACAUGAUCUGGAAAAAUUGCGUUACGCUAUGAAGCGCAGUUUACGCAUUGCCGCUUGCCGCAUUUACUCGCUGCAAGCGCUCAAUUGGCUGCUACGUUCGGUGACACAGAGUAUCUGUCUGCACGAUCUGAUGUGGUGGUUCGUUAGUUCGCUGACCAUUUCUGCAAUUGAGAUGAUCGAUGGAAAGUACGAAGAUGUAGAGCCGGCAUUGGAGCAUCCCGUUACAUACACACAGAUCAGCGGUCGAUUCUCGCAUUUAAUUACGCAAAACUUGCAUAUUUUCCUACAGUCUGUUGCCGAUCUCACACUGUACUUGCCACUCGGUUCGCCUUUGCAACGCAUCGCUAUACAUUGCUUCGGUAUACGUUUUCGCCAAACGGAUCAUCAAUUUUUACACAAUUCCCAUGUAUUCGGUAAUAUUUCGAAGAUACUCUCCAAAUCUGAUGAGCAAGAUGAUGUUAUGGCAGUAUCAAACAUGGGCGCGGCUGGUGCGGUAGCAGCGGAGAAUGUCAGUUCCACGGGCAUGCAUGAUGUGGAACACAAUUUCCAGAGUGUUAGUGGCGUGACAGUGGGAGUUGCAGGUAGCGUGCCGGCAGGUGCUAAAAUUAUAUGCUAUUCUGAUUUGAAUGGGAUGUUUGAAGUAACUGUGUCAUCGCGUCAAGCCAUGGCCGAAUCGUUGACUGACAACUCGACCGAGACCUUCUGGGAGAGUGAUGAGGAAGAUCGCAACAAAUGCAAGAUCAUUGAGGUAUCGAUGAAUAAGUUGACGUACACAUGUAAAGUGGUUUUGGUGCACAUAGAUAAUAGUCGGGACAUACAGAAUAAAGUUCUAAAUGUGGUAUUUUAUGCUGGCCAAUCGCUGGGUGAUACAAAUCUAAUAAAAUCCGUGGAUGUUGAUCCUAAAGCGUGCGCCUGGAUCUCCGCGAAGAUCACGAACGAGUCUUACACACAUUUCCGCUUGGAGUUUCAUGGUCCGGAGAACACUUUGCGUGUGCGACAAAUCAAAUUACUUGGCCUUCCGAGUGUUAUGAGUGGAUUGGAUGAGCAACUUAACGAGCAAUACGGUGAAUUUCAAGCGGCAAUUGGUAUCAGUGGCAAUGGUGGCAUGGGGCCAGGACAUAUACAGUCACUCAAAUCUAAUCUGAAACUUACUAAUGCUGUACGAAUACAACAACAAAUCUGUGAGUCCGAAACGUUACGUGUCUUCCGGUUAAUAACAGGUCAAGUCUUUGGUAAAUUGAUCAGCACUGUGGUCCCAGAUGCAGGCCAUCAAUCCAUACUUGGCAUGGAUUCUAGCGGUAAUUCGAUGCUCGCCGAUUCGCUGGACUUGCGCGAACACAUGGUCGGUAUACUCUUCUCGCGCAGCAAACUCUCGCAUUUGCAAAAGCAGGUGAUCGUGCAUAUUGUGCACGCAAUAAAGAAGGAAGCACAUCGCGCUAAAGAAGAUUGGGAAAUAGUGAAUCUGGCGAAUUGUUUCAAGGACGCACAUGCCAACACCACAUCUGCCACCUCAACGGGCGAACCGAAGAGUGAGUCUAGUUCAGAACGUUAUCGAGCGCCGGACACCUACUGUUUCGAGAUGUUGAGCAUGGUGUUGGCGCUCUCUGGUAGUGUUGUAGGCCGUUCAUAUCUUUCACACCAAUAUGGGCUGCUUAAAGAUCUGUUGACGCUGCUGCACACAGGCAGUGAUCGUGUCCAGCGUCAGGUAACUGCGCUACUGCGACGUAUAUUGCCUGAAAUUUCGCCAGAGGGUUUUGCCGAGUUGAUGGGCGUACAGCGUUUGCCGCCGGCGGAUUAUAAUAUUGCGCACCAGAAUGCCGCUGAUUUUGAUAUGAAUCGCUUGGGUUUGCUGGAUAUAUUUUUGGCUGUAAUAGCUAAGGCUUUGCAACUGCAAGUCAAAGUCAAGUCCCCUUCGAUGAAACCGAGUCUCGAGAAGACACCGGCUUUUGUACGUCUAUGCAAUUCGCUUGAUUUAUCGGUGCACCUUCUGAAACCGACGCAGAAACCAAAGUUGAAUGCUGAGUGUGAGCAGAAUAGUGGAAAUGCUGACGCUAUUGAAUACGCCGGGAAAACACACCCAUUUCGUUUUGAUCAACAAGUGGAAUCCGGUGAAUAUGAGCUAGGUCGCUCAACGUUGAAGAUAAGUAAGAAGGACAACAAGAAAAAUCUUAAUCAGCGUUGGUUCUUGAAUGGUUCAAUCUCAACUAAGCAGGCGGAAAGCAUCAUUAGUCUAGUGCGUGAUUUGGCUAGCGGUAAAUUGAGCGAAAAAUGGUCUCAGAUCACCAAGGCUGCCAUUGCUGAGUCGGUGUUGAAUUUAACUCGUUUGGAUGAAAUUUUUCGCAGUCCAGAAUAUUGCAUCAAGACGUCCACUCUGUGGCUAGCGCUUGCUAGUCUUUGUGUACUCGAUCGUGACCAUGUAGAGAAGCUAUCGUCGGGUCAGUGGUCAAAGGUUUCCGAUACCCGUCCCAUGUGUACAAAUCAUGAUGAUGGCGAAACUGCUGCCAUUAUCCAGUGCGAGACUUGUGGCUCUUUGUGUGGCGAUUGUGAUCGAUUCUUGCAUUUAAAUCGGAAAACAAGAAUGCAUAAGCGAACGGUUUGUAAAGAAGAAGAAGAAGCCAUACGCGUCGAGCUGCAUGAGUCCUGUGGCCGCACUAAGCUUUUCUGGCUACUGGCUUUGGCUGAUUCGAAGACCCUGAAAGCGAUGGUCGAAUUCCGCGAUGGCAGCCACACUAUAAUAUCCGGACCCCAAGAGGCAGUGGGUCGUUGUCGUUUCUGUGGCAUUACUGGAAAUUCGGGCCUGCUUGAAAUUGGCAACGUUUGUGCCGAUGCGCAGUGCCAAGAACAUGCGGCCAAUUCGUGUAUGAAGGUUAAAUCGUGCGAUCAUCCAUGCGGCGGUGUUGCCAACGAGAAGAAAUGCUUGCCUUGUCUGCAACAUAUAUGCCAUGCACGUGAAAAUAAAAUCGCCGAAGAGUUGCAUGAGCCAAAGUUGACGCAGGAUGCGGACGAUAUGUGCAUGAUAUGUUUUGUGGAAGCGCUCUCAUGCGCGCCAUCCGUACAGCUCGAAUGUGGCCACGUUUUCCACUACCACUGCUGCAAAGCUGUGUUGGAAAAGCGCUGGAUUGGACCACGCAUCACAUUUGGAUUCUCUUUAUGCCCCAUUUGCAAAGCAGACAUACAACACAAUCUGCUCGCUGAUAUUUUGGAGCCAAUUAACUCACUUAAACAGGAUGUCAAACGCAAAGCACUGAUGCGUCUCAAAUAUGAGGGCAUCGUCAAGGAUACCGACUCCAAGGAUGUCACCAACUUGGCUAUGGAUCGUUAUGCCUACUAUGUGUGCUUCAAAUGCCAGAAGGCUUACUAUGGCGGUGAAGCGCGUUGCGAUGCCGAAAUCGGUGAAAAAUUUGAUCCUGAAGAGCUUGUCUGUGGUGGCUGUUCGGAUGUCGCUCGUGCCCAAAUGUGUCCCAAACACGGCACUGAUUUCCUGGAGUAUAAAUGUCGUUACUGUUGCUCUGUCGCGGUGUUUUUCUGUUUCGGCACUACACACUUUUGCGACACGUGUCACGAUGAUUUUCAACGUCUCACAAAUAUACCGAAAACCAAAUUGCCCCAAUGUCCGGCGGGCCCAAAGGCUAAACAACUAAUGGGCGAUGAGUGUCCAUUGCAUGUCAUACAUCCUGCUACUGGCGAGGAGUUCGCGCUGGGGUGUGGCGUGUGUCGUAAUGCGCAAACGUUUUAGCAUGAUGCUUUUGGGGUGGAGGCAGGCGGUUUAAUGCCGCUCGAGGAGUGGAUAGAAGUAGAAAUGUUAGAUUUGGACAAUGAACGCAGUUUUGAGGUGGUACUACGGGCUGACGAACGAGAUGAACGCGAGGGGAAUCGCUAUGAAUAAAAUUUUAAGAGAUUUGUAGAAUUUUGUUUUUACAUAUGUACGUAGAGUAUUUUACUUUGAUCUCGAAAUUCGAAUUUUAUAAUUAAUCUGAAUGUUAGCGUUAAAUUAAGAAUUGCAUACAAACACACGUAAAUACUCACAUACAUACAUACAUACAUAUAUUUAAAUUAUGUUGCACUUAAAGUACUCACUUGUGAACGUGCAACAUUGCAAUAUUAAUUGUGCUAAAAUACCACUAAGUAUAUACUCUUACACAUACUUAUUAUAUUCGUAUUUACACAUACAUAUACUAGUACAUGCAUAUAUAACAAUACUCGCAUUUCAAAUGGGAAAAUAGUUUAUCAAAAUUUUAAUAAAAUUAAUAUAAAUA